AUGAACCGCGGCGCAGGAAGAGUGUGUCGUGCUUGCGAGCCAUGUCGCCAGCGCAAGAUCCGAUGCAAUGGUAAGCGCCCUUGCGAAAGUGCCUACUGCCAGGCCCAUGUCUCUGAGUGCAAGUACCGUACCAAAGCCCGCAUCAGGGGCUCUCUCAAGGCCAUAAUGAGUCACAGUACUGAGGGGGACAACAACUUGGCGCCGUCGUAUGUCUCCUCAGCGCCAGAGACGAUGGCUUUGUCUGCCGAUGCCGGACGAGCCGGUAGUGGUGGUCCUGAAUUGGGACCUGCGGCACCAAACCCCGGACCACGAGCCAACAGCUCCGCAAGCCCGGAUGACAGCGUCCACAACGGAAUUACCGCCACGCACACAGCACCCACGGCAACGGACAGCUCGCAGCUUUUCUACGGUACGUCGUCCAAUUUCGCCUUCCUACACCAGGUUCACCGCGGUAUCCUACAGAAUGCCCCCUCUCAAGACCACCCGCGUAACCGUGAGGAUCUGGCUAGAAGCUUUUUGGAUCACUUCAAGGAUGUAUGUCUCUUUCGUCUACCGUUCUUCACUCCCCUAGAGUUAGAAAGCCUCUUCUAUGAUCUGUACAGAGACGACGACGGACACGAUAACAGCACCAUGCUACCUCAGACCAAGGCCGUUUUCCUGGCUGUUUUGGCACUCGGUGCUUUAUGCACUUCUCACACCAAUGCAGCUGAGAUCCUAAUCACCAAGGUCAAGUAUCACGUGCUUAUGUACGACGAUGCUGUAACAUUACAGAUGCUACAGUUCUCGCUCCUCAUGUCGGGUUACCAGCUGGAUAUGGGCCCGCCUAACUCUGCGUAUCUACAUUUAGGCGUAGCAUGCCGAAAAGCGUUCGCACUGGGCCUGCACAAGGAAACAGCAUCGACAAUCGACAGGGAAGAAAUCCUAGAAGCGCAACGGGCUACAAUAUGGAGCUUGGUGACAUCUCUCGUUCUAGGCAGGAAAUCCGCCCUCAAGAUGAGUGACAUCUCUUGCCCCUUGCCCAAGGAACGACCGGAGCUGGUUAGCUUCUGCCGACUCUCCAUCAUCAUCGAAGAGGCCGUGGACAAGAUAUACGACCGCCGAUCCGAAUCCCUCCUCCAGCUCUAUGAGAAAGCUGAAGACGUGCACGCUCAACUCCUUCACUACGCAGACAAGUUCGGCAUCGCGUCAUCAAGCACUGGUCAUAACAUGAAGAAGCUUGAUUGUGUAGAGUCACUCAUGCUGCAUAGUUGGUACUAUCUUCCCGUCAUGCUUGUCUUUAGGCCAUUCCUGGUUGCAGACUUUGCGCUGCGUUCCAAUGGAAACUUCAGGCACAAGGAGAGGAUGUGGCUACGACAAGCCUAUAGCUUUAUUUAA